AUGGCUCAUACCCUCAUCACCGCCGCUCCUAAUCCCCGUGCCCUGUCCCCGUCGAUUGCUGUCACCUCUAUCAUCUCUGCCGAAACCUCCGUGGCGGCGGUGACCACUUCUACCAUCUCUGCUGUCGACCGAAACGCUCCCGAGGCCCUCUUAACCACCACCCUCAUCAUCACAGCCCUCACCUCCAAGGAUGUGGACUCGGUCCCAACCUGCCCCCAUUGCAUUUGCACUUUCCUAUCACACAUCAGUCUAAGUGAAGAAGAAGAGUCGAGCACCGGAACAAUUCGUUUAUUAUCCUGA